AUGGGCCGCUGCGAGACCCCGACGCUCCUCGGCAAGGCCUUGAAGCUCAGCUAUUUCCACAUACCUGGAGAUCACUUCGAGGUCUCUAUCAACGUCUUCUCGGAGCCGAAGGCCAAGAGCAUCACGGGCCUCGUGAGCGGCGCGGCCAAGGGUCUCGUGAUUGACAUGGGGCUGCUGAUCGAGGGCCAGGCGCCGCAGGAACUCCCCGAGCAGCUGCUGGGGGGCCAUCGCCUCCGCAGGAUCAACUUCGCCAAGCUGCGCAGCCCCGUCUGA